AUGAUAGGAAGCCCAUUCUUGACUUAUACUUCCAAAGAUGGGAAGUCAAUCAAAGCCAUACAUCCACCCGAGAUGGUGAUUAAACAAAAAGAUGUGAUAGCAGCUCCUUACAAAGAAACCACUUUCCUUGAAGAUAGUGCCAAUAGCUUUCACACAGCUAGUAAAGAAGACAUAGGCUAG